CGAAACCUGGUAUGGUCAGAGAUCAUCAAUGGCAGGAGAGGUCAUGUCGGACCGAGAAGUACCCAAGCAAUGAGUCUCGGAGACGCCUUUAACUUUCGAGGCCUCAUCAGACCUGCGGCUGUGGAUCUCGAAGCGACAACAACUGCAUUGCCCGGUAGUGUACAAGCACGCACCUAUCAAGAUAUACCGGGUCUGUUACGGCAGUCCCUGUCACCGCCGCAGCUGCACCAAGAACGCGAAGCGGCAAACCAUCUUGCGCCUGAAUCGUCGUGGCCUCCGCACUCGUCGGAGUUCGUUCAGACGCAGUCCACCAAUGCUGCUCCAGACGUCUACAUCGAUGUAGGACCAGAUCCCUCGCUUUCACCUCCAGACAGCCGACCGCCCGCAUCUCCUGCCCCUGUUGAGCCGGGCUUUGAUGAAGCUGCACAGAAUUCGUUUGCCGCUGUUCUUCGACCCUCUUAUUUUAAGAGCAAUCCACGACAGGCAGCGCAGACCCUCCUUUCCCUAUUAGAGGCCAAUGCUACUACAUCUCGUGCAGCGGCGACCUACCAGACUCGAAGUAUGAGCUUGGAGGACCGCAAGAGCUUGAUUGCCGAUCUCAGAGCAGCAGACAAUAAUGCAUUCUGGGGUGCUCUGCUGGACGAUGUCAGAGGUCGGCGUAUGCUAGCUUCGUGGCUACGGAGCACCAUUGAUUACCCAGAGUGGGGACCGACGCGCCUUUCACUGUUGAGACUGUUGAGCGCUAUGCCCGUCCUAUUUGGUCACCUCGUAGACGAUGAGACUGGCAAUUGUCUGGUGAAGGCCGUCAACGUCGUUGUGAAGAACGCUCCACCCAAAGCAAGAGAUUUGGCCAUCGAGCUGAGAGACCAAUGGAAGCGCAUGGUCGUGCCUUCCGCCCAAGUGGACCAGGCUGCCGCCAACCAGGCCAAGAGAGCUGCCGCUACAAGUAGUGCCGAGGCUCCACCGAGCAAGAAGUCCAAGGGCACCGCCGCCGUAGUAAGCACCAGCGGAGGCCCGUCCGGCCCUGCGCCCGGUCCUAUGCAAACAAUGAGCAAUCUAGCCCAGUCUUCUGCCUACCUUACAGCAGUGAACCACUUGGCGAACCCUCCGGGCCUCUCUGCCGGCGCUGCCAAUAAGCUGGCCGCAAGUACUGGCCAACAGCGCGCUGGUGACCUGCAAGGUAUGGCGAAGAAGACGGUGACUCGUCUUGAUGCUGAUCUGAAACCUGUCUGCUCUAAUUGCAAGACGGUCUUGCUGCCUGGCGUGACUUCUACGACGCGAGUCAAAGCAUCUGGACCACAUGGCCAAACAAUCGAGCAAGUGUGCAUGAAGUGCAAAGAGAAAACGAGGAAGGUUCCAGCCCCGUCAACGACGAAGCUCGCUGGCAAACGCCUCGCUGUAGAUGUCGAUGACGACAGCGAUGGUCCCAAGAAAGUCGGGCUUGCCCGCAAGCCGGCUUCGAUGACCGGCUCCAGUGCCAAGACGACGACCUCUACCGCCAAGCGUGCGACUGGCUCCAAAGACAUGUUCAGCGAUCUACUCAAAGGUCCGCCUUCGUCUAAAGUCAAGUCGGCACAGCCUUCGUCUACUGUGAAGCAAGAGGCAACAGCUCCGAUAGCUCCCGGAAAGCCGAAGAAGAAGGUCAGAUGGAGGGACGACAAUCUACUGGAGGUCAGAGUAUUCGAAAGCAUCGUCGACAUUGACGAGGAAGUGCAUGCAUCCAUCGAGGACCGAGGAUUGCACGGACUUGAGUCGGAUGAAGGUAGCGCGCUACGGAAAGCUGCCCAUGCGUAUGAGCUGGAAGAGGAGCUUGACUGGUAUGAGCCACUAGACGUCGUAUGCCCCGAUCCUUCCCCCGUCAGAGGCACGGAGAGCGAGGAGUCUGGAAGACUGGAAGCUCGGGAGCGGUCCGUCCUGUCUGCCGUCUAUGUAGAGCCCUCUGAUGUACCACCUUCCGCUGGAGAGCCCUAUGAGGCUCGUGCGUCUGAUCCCGCUCACGUCAUUCAAGACAUUGCUCUGCCUGAAGCAUGGCACGCCCCGGCCUCUUCUAGUGGACCAAUCGAUCUUGAGCAAUUGAUGAGACAGAUUGCCGGAGGGAGCGUGACCUCGGCUGCGGGUGUACCGGCCACCUCCCUGGAGUCACUGGGCAUCUCUUCAGACGGUCUGCAACAGCUGCUCAUGAACAGCGGCGGCGGCGGAGGAGUUGGAGGAGUGAAUGUUUUGCCCAUGGCUAACCCUACCAACUCUUGGAAUGCCGGAACGAAUUACAACCAGCAAGGAGGUCCGCACGCUCAAUCGCACUAUCAUCAGCAAGCACAGCCUCAAAUGCCGCAACACCCCGGUCCUCCACCAUCCUUUGCACACGGUGGGUAUCAGUCUCAAGCUCCUGGUCUUCCUCCUCAAGAGGCAGGGUACCGCACAGCUCCUGGGGGCAGGGGUGGAUAUGCAGGAGCCCAGGGUGGACCAGGUGGGGGUCGAUGGGGUGGAAGGUGAAGAGAAGGGAAUGAAAGGGGAUAGGAGGCCUUUAAACGCAAUUGCUCGUUGAGCCCAAGUAUGGGUGUGUCACUCUGGUUCCAAAUAUAUCUUUACGGCAGCCGCUGAAGCCAUA